CAGGCGGGGCGGGACGGGACGGGACAGAACGGAACAGGGACGGAGGCCGCGCGGCGCCGCCCGACGCGCCCGUUCCGGGACCAUGGCGGCCUCGGCGGGCAGCGCGGCGCCGGGGAGGCCCGGGAGGUCUCGGGCCGCGGCGGCGGCCGCCCCUCCGGAGCGGGGCGGCGGGAGUUGCGUUCUGUGCUGCGGAGAACUGGAGGCCACGGCGCUGGGCAAGUGCGACCACCCGGUGUGCUUCCGCUGCUCCACCAAGAUGCGGGUCCUGUGCGAGCAGCGCUACUGCGCCGUGUGCCGCGAGGAGCUGCGCCAGGUGGUCUUUGGAAAGAAGCUUCCAGCAUUUGCAACAAUUCCGAUUCACCAGUUGCAGUACGAAAAAAAAUAUGACAUCUAUUUUGCUGAUGGAAAGGUUUAUGCUUUAUACAGGAAGUUGCUCCAACAUGAAUGUCCCCUAUGUCCAGAACAGCGACCUUUCAGCCUCUUUGUUGACUUAGAGCAGCACAUGAGGAAGCAGCAUGAGCUUUUCUGCUGUAAGCUGUGUGUGAAACACCUAAAGAUCUUUACCUAUGAACGCAAAUGGUAUUCCCGCAAGGACCUUGCCCGCCAUCGGAUCCAUGGAGACCCAGAUGACACAUCCCACCGGGGACAUCCUCUAUGUAAAUUUUGUGAUGAGCGUUAUUUGGACAAUGAUGAGCUCCUGAAACACCUGAGGAGAGACCACUAUUUCUGCCAUUUCUGUGACUCUGAUGGCGCUCAAGAGUAUUACAGUGACUAUGAAUACCUUCGGGAACAUUUCCGUGAGAAGCACUUUCUCUGUGAGGAGGGAAGGUGCAAUACUGAGCAGUUCACUCACGCCUUCCGUACAGAAAUCGACUACAAGGCGCAUAAGACUUCAUGCCACAGCAGGAGCAGAGCAGAGGCCAGGCAGAACCGGCAGAUUGACCUGCAGUUUAGCUAUGCUCCGAGACACACUCGGAGGGGUGAGGGUGUCGUUGGUGGGGAUGACUAUGAAGAAGUGGACAGGCAUAACAGACAGAGUCGGGGCAACAGGCCAGGGGGCCGUGGAGCUCAGCAGAACCGCCGAGGAAGCUGGAGGUAUAAGAGGGAAGAAGAAGACAGAGAUGUAGCAGCUGCAGUGAGGGCAUCAGUAGCUGCACGUAGGCAAGAAGAAAAGAAAUGGGUUGAAGAUAAAGAGGAUGGCAGCAGAGCGAAGAAAGACGAGGGGAAGGACUUGGAAGAAACUCGGAGCUCAAGGAGAGCCUCCAAGCCUUCUGCUGAGACCUCAGCUCCCAAAGAGGCCACUGCUAAUGGUCCUGCAAGCCAAGAGGAUUUUGUGUCGUUUAGUUCGGCAGCUGGGGGAGCUCUGCAGAGUUCCCUCCAGCCAGCUUCAGUCAAACUUAAAGAAGAAGACUUCCCAAGCCUUUCCUCUUCCUCAGCUCCCACUGUCUCCUCGGGGAUGUCACUCACCUAUACAGUCACUGCCAAGAAGACCUCAGCCUUCCAAGAGGAGGACUUCCCAGCUCUGGUGUCAAAAAUGAGGCCCAGCAAAGCUGUGUCCAGCAUCACUUCGGCCUGGAACAAUAGCUCCGGUAAGAGCGUCGUCCGCCCGACGGCGCCCGUCCAGGCUAGUUGCAGCCAGCUCCCAAAGAAACCCCCUUUGGUCACCAAAGGAGGCGGCAAAGCCAGCAAGAAGAAUAACAAACCCGUGGUCUCUGACGAUGAGGAUGACAGCGUCGGGCUCACCCCCCAGGAGUUCCGCAACGCACCCACCAUGUUUGAUGUCUCCUCCUUGCUGGCCGCGUCUUCCUCUCAGGCUUUUAUAAAAGUGAGCAAGAAGAAGAAGAUGGGGGCAGAAAAGCAGAGCUCGGCCUCACCCCCACCCCAGCCGCUGGUGUCGGAGGUGGCUGCCAAGCCAGCUUGGCGAGAAAAAGCUCCCAGUCCUGAACACGGAAUGGCUCCUGUGGCCACCGCUAAUGGGUCAGAGAAGCCUACGGCCAUUGUGAAUGGACAUUCGGAAAAGGCAGCCGUUGGCAGUGUCCCCAAAGAGCCUCCGGGGCUCACAAAGCCACCAAUGACUAACCAGUGUCCUUUACCUCAGGAAGAUUUCCCAGCUCUCUGCAGCGCGGGGCCUCCCCGAAUGCAGCCUCCACCAGGCUUUAACUCUGUGGUGCUAUUAAAGAGCCCCCCGCCACCUCCAGGACUGUCGCCACCCAUUAGUAAGCCCCCUCCGGGCUUUACCGUCAUCCCACCCAACAGCAUCUCAGAGCCCAUCUCCACCUCCAUUAAAGAGCAAGGUCCCUGCCAAGGAACUUAUUUGAUACCUGAGAAUUUCCAACAAAGGAACAUCCAGCUCAUCCAAUCCAUAAAGGAGUUCCUUCAGAGUGACGAGUCCAAAUUCAACAAAUUUAAAAGCCAUUCGGGGCAAUUCCGACAGGGUCGUAUUUCUGCAGCACAGUAUUAUAAGAGCUGCCGGGAACUCCUUGGGGAGAACUUCAAAAAAAUCUUCAGCGAGCUCCUGGUGCUCCUGCCUGACACAGCCAAGCAGCAGGAGCUGCUGUCGGCACACAAUGAUUUCCGGGUCCAAGAGAAGCAGGGGGCACCUAAAUCAAGAAAGAAGAAGAGUGCUUGGCCAGCUAGCACACCUUCUGAACUGGACUGUUGCAUCUGCCCCAUUUGCCAGCAGGUGCUAACCCAGGAUGACCUGGGCACCCACAGAGCCCUGCAUAUCGAAGAUGAAGAGUUCCCUUCCUUGCAAGCCAUCAGCAGAAUUAUCAGUUAGCUUUCACCAAGACCAGCGGAACAGUCUCCACACCUUCUAUUUGCACUUUUUUGAAAUAAGGUCUGAUAAGCCACAGCUGCCAGGAGUGUGGCCACCUGGCUGUCCCUCCGGGGACAGCCCCACACAGGGCCAACGCACACCUCCUACACACCACACUCUCCUCCCCUUUGCAGAAACCAAAACGCCAGAGCACCAAAUGCCUCAGGAGAAGUAGACCAGGCCACCCAGGGUGGCUAGUAGGUUGGGCAGGGGAGGGAGAGCCAGAUGGGGUCAUCUGCCAGGUUUACUUUGCCCCACUCAGUACACCGCCACCACCCGCCGUUCAGGAAUACAGUUGGGUUUCUUCCGGAGCCAAGUAAAAGACUGCCUUCCUCCCAGAAUGGGGAUGAUCUUGCUCUUUAUUCUUUUACUUUUUAUCAAGUGACUUGGGGGGGAGGGGGGAUAGUUCUUGUAGCCUGGGGGGCCUUUCCCUGGGGUUGAAGCCAGUGUCAGAGCCACGCUGGGGCAGACCCAGAACAGCCUGCAGUCACACAGAUCAGAGGAGCUUCCAUGAGGAGAAAGAAAUGGGGUUGAUGUUUGAGGGAGUGAGGCUGUUCAGUGUGUAAAACGGUAUUUUUGUGAUUAAAGAGCAUUCAGAAUGGAAAGCAGAAAUAAAAUUGUGCUACUUGAAUUAGGAUAAUCUUUACAGGAUUAGCCGAAUGUGGGAAUUGAAAAAUCUUUGACCUUUUAUAAUAAGACAAUUUAUCUUCAAAUACAUUUAUUUUGCAGUACAGCAUGUAGAAUAUUGUUCUAAGCUUUCUCUUUAAGCAGUGGUCGCGAUUAUUUUAAUUUGUAUUUAAAAACAGCCGUCUUUCUGAUUAUUGGAUGUAUCGAUGAGGUUGAGUUGGAACAUUAAAAACUGCUGCACAUUGUUGCUUGA